ACCACUUUUCCCUCCACAAAACCGCUUUUUACCAACUCCAUGCUCAGUUCACUCGACACAUACAUAAGCACCAGACAUGAGCCUUAGUUUAAUGGAGGAAGAAAUCGCAUCAGCAAAAGUGCUAGAAAUUCAGUGGUAAGAAUCAGGUAGAAGCAGCGUUUUAGGGUUUUAUGAUUGUUGCUUGACUGUGAUCAAGGAUCGUGAAAAUGGGGAGAGGAAGAGUCCAGUUGAAGAGGAUAGAGAACAAGAUCAAUCGGCAGGUAACGUUUUCGAAGAGGAGGAGCGGUCUGUUGAAGAAAGCACACGAGAUUUCGGUUCUCUGUGAUGCAGAGGUUGCUUUGAUCGUGUUCUCUACGAGAGGGAAAUUGUAUGAGUAUUCGACUGAUUCCAGCAUGAUCAAGAUUCUCGAGCGGUAUGAGAGAUAUUCCUAUGCAGAGAGACGUGCUACUGGGGCUGAUCAUGAAUCACAGGAGAGUUGGAGCCUAGAAUAUGCCAAACUGAGGGCGAAGGUUGAGCUUCUACAGAAAAGUCAAAGACAUUACAUGGGGGAAGGCCUUGAGGUCCUAAAUCUUAGGGAGCUCCAACAAUUGGAGCAACAACUUGAUGUUGCUUUGAAGCAUGUUAGAGGAAGAAAGACACAAAUCAUGUUGGAUUCAAUAGUUGAGCUUCGUAGAAAGGAGAAGUCACUGCAGGAGCAAAAUGAUACUCUCCAGAAGAAGAUAGUGGCAAAGGAGAAAGCCUUGGCUCAAGCCCAGGCCACUACACAUUGGGAGCAAGAAGAGACUGCCCAUUUCCUAUCAACUUCUCACCCUCACCCUGCUCUGAAUGUCAGGUUCGAAUCAAGGGAGGACAGAGACGAAGAGGAACUUGUGGAGGAUCACCAUCAUUCCCUUACUCAGCCAAGCAAUGUAGUGCCCCCUUGGCUGUUUCACUAAAGGUUAUAUAUAUAUAUAUAUAUAUAAAAUAAGACUUAACUCUAUGGCUUUUGGAGCAUCCUGACCACUGCCACCAUCAUACUCACCACCCAUAUCACAAUAGCAAUCAUUUGCAUGGGGUUUUGCUACACUCUGUAGCUCCUAUGUAUCGUCUGUAUGGUGAAGAUCAUCAAAUGGGGGAACAUCUCUCUCUCUCUCUCUCAUAUUUCUUGUAUCUUGGAAAUGGGGUCUUGUGCAAAACAGCAGCCCUAUAUCUUAUUAAUAUUAUCAGUGAGGAAAUUAGGAAAAAGACAUGAAGCUUCUAUUUUCCAAGUGGCAUUCUGUUUUGUU